AUGGCUGAGCAGCAAUCACGCACAGUGAAGGUAAAGGCUGAGGAGGAGGGAAAUGGGAGCUGGACAACGACAUUGUCAUCACUGGGCUCCAGGGAAGCAGGCCAGGGAGAACGGCCAGUGGUGGCUAAGCGGCAGAAGCGACAGGAGGUGCGGCGCUCGCUGGUGCACUACCUGAAACAGCGCGAGGUGGGCGCCAAGGUUCAGGGCUUCCAGGGCGGCAUGAGUGGCUACGUGGUGCAGAGGCUGCCCGAGAUGCUGCGCGAACGCCAGCUGUUCCUGGGCACCCUGAACAAGGUGUUCGCCUCUCAGUGGCUGAAUGCCAGGCAGGUGGUGUGCGGCACCAAGUGCAACACGCUUUUCGUGGUGGAUGUGCAUUCGGGCCACAUCACGCACCUCCCACUCCUUCGAGAUAUGGCCCCCUAUGUGGCCUGGGCCCAACCCACCCGUGGCAUCCAUGCCGUAGAGCUGAAUCCUUCCAAGACUCUAAUGGCCACCGGGGGUAAAAAUUCCAGCAGCCUGGCAGUCUACCAGUUGCCCACUCUCAAACCCUUCUGCUUGGGUGACCGAGAAGGCCACACAGACUGGAUCUCUGCUAUUGCGUGGGUGACUGACUCUGUGGCUGUGAGUGGAUCCCGUGAUGGCACCGUGGCUCUCUGGCGAAUAGACUCUGAUAUGUUCACUGGCAGCAUUACUUGGCACAAUGAGAGAGAGCUUCUAAUGUAUGGUCACAUUCGUCCUAUAUUUGUGGAGGCUAUUCCUACAUCCUCCAACAGCAUGGAUAAUCAAAAGGUGCGAGACCUAGCUUUCAGUGCCAAAAACCAGGAAUUGGGAGCAUUAUCCCUGGAUGGUUAUGUCCACCUCUGGAAAGCAGAAAACAACCUAUCCAAGCUUCAGUCCGUGAGGCUGCCCCACUGCCGAGACAACUUGUGCCUGACCUACAGUGAUGAGUUCUCCCUGUAUGUUGUUGGCUCCCAGUCUCACAUCUCCUUCUUGGAUCCACGCCAACCCCAGCAAAAUAUCCAGUCCAUGUGCUCCUAUGAACGUAGCCUAGGUGUACAUUCACUUAGUACCUGCCAGCACAUUGUCACGGUUGGCACUGGAAGAGGCUCUUUGCUCUUUUGUGACAUCCGUGCCCAGAAAUUCCUAGAGGAAAAGUCAUCACCUGAUCCAGAUGCCAUUUGCAGUCCUACAGGAAAGAAGUUGAAACUCUCCUGUAGCAGAGGCUGGCUCAUCCAUGAUGACCUCUGGGUAAACUCCUACAUUGGUAUGCAGGAAUUUCCAAAUGCGGUCUAUACCCACUGCUACAACUGGUCAGAGCUGAAGCUUUUUGUGGCUGGGGGCCCACUCCAUUCAGACCUCUAUGGGAACUAUGUAGGUCUCUGGAGCUAA